AAAAAAGCCGUUUUGCGCAGGCGCAAGCCGUUUUGUCAUGCCCGAAACGUCGGUCUCCUCACCGAAAAUGUCUUCAAUUCCGACUUUACCAUCCGCUACGAUGCUCCCGAUUUUCAGAGACCUGCGUUCGGAAGACGCGGUAUACCGUCCGGAGGAGAUGUCGUCUGUUGAGCGGGCGGUCGUCGACCGUGCAGUAACGCCUCCCCCCGCCCCAUGCCUCGCUCCAAUCUGCUUCGGCGUUUGGAUCUUCGCUCUCGAGCGAAUGCACCAGUUGAUUCAUCAACUCCCUAAGAUGGAUACGCUGGUAGCUACACCAGCAGGGACGUUCCUUGCGCUAUCGGCCUACGACAAGAUCCCGCAGAUGCUGGACGAUAUACUGCGCUUGUUACGCAACCAGGCGGCUUUGCUCGCUUUGUUGCCCCUGGACAUUUUAUCAGAGGAAGACCAGCGGACGGCUGACGAAGUAUGUACCCUGGCGACUUGGCUUGUGUGUGAUACCAAGAAGAGAUUGGAGGAGUUGAAGGCAUAG